UCGUCAGCUCAGUGCAUUGCUGUUCUUUUGCUUGUUAUAUGGCUGUUUAAUUCUUUCUUGUACCAAUACCUCCUCCGACAAAGAUCUCGACUAUGAGAUCUCGAGCUGUUCGCGCCUCUUCCGGGCUGCUAUUCUCAAACCGUCAAGCUACGGCUGUACUUCCGCGCCCGACAACCUCGAUAUGCUCCCAAUGCCUUCGCGAUGAGCUUCUUUUGGCCGUUAUCCCCUCCGUUCACUCAAGAAAAUACCAUCCGUCACGACGAAGAGAUGUAUCACCCAUCGGCGCCGCUGUCUCAGCAGCGCAGACUCUUUUCACCAAGGGCUUCCCAAAAGCUCCGCCUGGCGUCUCAGUCGACCCAUUACGUAUCGUUGGGAAGGAAUUGAAGUUUCUGACCAAGAAUAUCAGAAAGUUAUUAGGCUCUGGCCACCCAAUGCUGGAUAAAGUUGCCAAAUAUUAUACAUGGAGCGAAGGGAAACACGUGCGACCAUUACUUGUCCUACUCAUGUCGCAAGCUACGGCUCUCGCCCCUCGCAACCCGCAUACACAUUCUACUUCCAUCUCCUCUCAACAACAAUCUUACAUCAGCGAACCCAUCAGCUCCCCGCUUGUCCUAGCAGAUGCGAACCCCGACACAAGUCCCCUGACAGCUCCCGCUGCCGAGUUGGAAGGUAUCUUUGGCGAAGAUCCGAAUAUUCUACCUGCUCAACGCCGACUGGCCGAAAUCACGGAACUGAUCCAUACAGCUUCUCUACUUCACGAUGAUGUGAUUGAUAACGCGGUGACUAGACGAUCGUCAAGCUCGGCAAACACGCAGUUCGGAAAUAAAAUGGCUGUCCUGGCUGGUGAUUUUCUCCUGGGUCGUGCCUCUGUCGCUUUGGCGCGACUACGAAAUCCGGAAGUUAUCGAGCUCCUGGCAACAGUCAUUGCGAAUUUGGUUGAAGGAGAAUUUAUGCAGUUGAAGAAUACUGCAUCUGAUGAACGAUCCCCCGUCUUUACCGAUGAUACUAUUACAUAUUACUUGCAAAAGACCUACCUCAAGACUGCUAGUCUGAUUAGCAAAUCCUGCCGCGCUGCAGCAUUGCUCGGAAAUAGUACCCCGGAUAUCGUCGAAGCUGCGUACUCGUAUGGCCGUAACUUAGGGCUUGCUUUCCAAUUGGUUGAUGAUAUGCUGGACUACACUGUCAACUCAGCUGAGUUUGGAAAGCCGGCUGGUGCCGAUCUUGAGUUGGGUCUUGCUACUGCGCCGUUGCUUUUUGCGUGGAAGGAGAAUCCUGAGUUGGGAGCUUUGGUGGGACGGAAAUUUGAGCAAGAGGGUGAUGUGGAAAGGGCCCGCGAACUUGUUGCUCGAAGUAACGGUAUCGAGCAGACCCGUGCUCUCGCCCAGGAAUACGCCGAUAAAGCCGCCGCUGCCAUCGACAUUCUCCCGGACAGCGAAGCGAAGAAUGGAUUACUCGACAUGUGCGAAAAGACGAUGAAGAGACGCAAGUAAAAGACAGCUAUUUGCAUCGAGAUCCUGCAUAUUGCGAUUAGACUCAUACACCAUUGUUGAAUGCUACAAGACGACCUUUCACCACUUCGACUCAGUAACAAAAAUCAACGAAUCGAACCAAUAAAUAUACAGAUGACUGAUAGGGUGAUACAUCCCUCUCCAACACAGCAUUAGAAAGCAUGUAUGAUUUUUUUUUCUGCUCCAUUUUCAUUAUAUGAACUCAACUCAAUCAAAUGGCAGGUGUUUUUCCUUGAUCUUGAGCAGUAUGCAGUGAGGUCAAAGGAGCAAUACCCUUGACAAGACAGAGGUAUAUGAGCAUGAUUCUUUGAACUAGGGGACAUUGUCGAAAGAUUUACAUGUUUUCAUUGCAUGCGUAGAGGUUUAUACUAUUGCUGUGUUAUUGUAUAGAUUAGAGAAAUGAAGAUUUAGAAGUUUUAUUGU